AUGGAGGCGCAAGUGUCUUUGCCCCUCAUGGCAAUGGCCCUCCUCCCCCUGCGGCGGCUCAUCUUCCUCCUCUGCUUCUUCUCCGCUCUGCCACGCCGCUGCCGCUUCCUCGCCGCCGAGGCGGCUCCGACGCUCGUCGCCAGCCUUCCAGGCUUCGACGGACCCCUCCCCUUCCGGCUCGAGACCGGGUACGUGACCGUGGACGAGCAGAACGGCGCGGAGCUGUUCUACUACUUCAUCGAGUCGGAGGGCGACCCACGGAGCGAUCCGGUCAUCGUCUGGAUCACCGGCGGCGACCGCUGCAGCGUCCUCAGCGCGCUGCUGUUCGAGAUAGGCCCGUUGAAAUUAGUCGGAGAACCCUACAAUGGCACCAUACCACGGCUGCGGUACCAUCCCUACGCAUGGACCAAAGUUGCCAGUAUUCUGUUCGUGGACUCACCGGUCGGCGCCGGGUUCUCCUUCUCCCGGGACCCAAGGGGCUAUGAUGUUGGAGAAAUCUCUUCUUCUCUGCAGCUCAAAAAGUUUCUCACCAAGUGGUUCACCGAGCAUCCUGAUUGCCUCUCAAAUCCUUUCUACGUCGGAGGAGACUCAUCCGGUGGAAAGAUCGUUCCAUUUCUUGCACAGAAGAUCUCGGAAGAUAUUGAAGCUGGAGUGAGGCCGUUAAUUAAUCUUAAGGGCUAUCUGGUCGGCAACCCGGCUACUGGUGAAUACAACAUUGAUUAUGGAUCAAGAGUGCCAUAUCUUCAUGGAAUGGGCAUAAUUUCAGAUCAGUUGUAUGAGUUGAUAAUGGAGCACUGCCAAGGGGAAGAUUAUAGCAACCCCAAGAAUGCGCUCUGCGCUCAAGUUUUGGACAGGUCCAACCAACUGUGGAAUGAAAUUUCACAUCCACACAUUUUGUAUAAAAAGUGUGUCUAUGCGUCUUCCGGACCAAACGACGGGAGUACAGAAAGAAAGAUCCUAAAGGAGGAAGUAGGAGUACUUAAGCAUCCACCUCCUCGUCCUUCAAUGGGUUGCCAAACAUAUGGUAAUUACCUAUCAUAUUUUUGGGCUAACAACAACCUCACUAGGAAAGCCCUUGGGAUCAAGAAGGGGAGCAAGGACGAAUGGGUGAGGUGCCACGAACGAGAUCUACCUUAUUCUUUGGACAUCAAGAGCACAAUAAAGUAUCAUCAUAAUAUGACGUUAAAAGGUUAUCGUGCACUGGUAUAUAGUGGAGACCAUGAUUCUGUUAUACCGUUUCUGGGUACCCAGUCUUGGGUGCGAUCACUGAAUUUCCCCAUUGUGGAUGAAUGGAGGGCCUGGCAUCUAGAUGGACAGUCCGCAGGAUUCACCAUAACAUACAGAAAUAACCUGACAUUUGCUACGGUAAAGAACGGCGGACACACUGCACCAGAGUUCGAACCAGAGAGAUGCCUCGCUAUGUUCGCGCGUUGGGUUUCCCAUGAGUCGCUAUGA